CUUCUAACUUGCCUCCGAUUCAGCAGGUUCUCCUACAACAUGGCGGCCCGUGUCCUGCAGCAGUGUGUCCGCUCGCUCGGCCGGCCCUCGUUGAGGCUUUGCCCGGUCAACCUCGCGCUCAGAGCGGCUGUCGCCCCGGCAGUCCCCGUCCACCGACCUUUCUCCUCCGCUGCAGACAGCCGGAGGACGCGGUGGCUGGGGCAGAGCAGGAUCUCAUCAGUGGGGUUGCUGUGCCGACAGUAUGGCGACCUGCCCCCUCUCACCCUAGAAACCAUCAAAGACCGUGUCUUGUAUGUACUGAAACUCUACGACAAGAUCAACCCAGAAAUGCUUCAGGUAACCUCUCAUUUCAUGAAAGAUUUGGGAUUGGACAGCUUGGACCAGGUGGAGAUCAUAAUGGCCAUGGAAGACGAGUUUGGCUUUGAGAUCCCAGAUGCAGAAGCGGAGAAGCUCAUGACUCCUGAGGAGAUUGUACAGUACAUUGCAGACAAGAAGGAUGUUUAUGAAUAAUAGUUCAAAGAAGGUGCCCACCCCAUGGGAAGUACUUACGAAGCAGAUCGGCGGCAGUUUUUUUUUCCACUUCAACACCCCCUCGUUCCCCCGUCAAGCUCUUCGCUCCAUCGUAGCGACGUCUGCAGUCGCCUGCCGUGUCUUGUGUUUCACUGUAUUUAAAACGAACAUGUGCUUGGGAGCUUGGAUGUUAAGAAGCUGUAUUAAACGAGGAUCUAUCACAGCCCUGAGUUUUAUUUUACUUCAGGUUCAAAUUGUCAAAUUGAUGUAUAAUUUUCUCAUGAAUAGAUCAAUAAAGGCAGGAUGUUGGGUUCUGUAAAGGCGGCUGUGGUCUCGUUUCAUACGAAAACAGAUGCGAUUUGUUCCAUCUGUUGUGUACAAGAAUUAAGUUCUGUAUUAAACACCCAGUAUAGAUUUCUCAUUGUUUCCAUUGACGAAAGGACAGGGAAGCAAAGCACUUUGGAGGAAAAAGGGAGCAUAUUUAGACAACGGGUUAGAAUAGUCUGCUUAUGCUUCUUACCUGGAAAACACUGAACAUAAAAUACCAAGAGCUUCCCAGGUUGUGGAGAAGCCGUGGAAAUAAAGAUGCGGUGAGCUUGAGCGUUUUGUCACUGUUAGUCUUUUAUUGAGGGUUGUACCCAAGUUAUACAGCUUUGUAUGCUGGCUGCAGGAGCCAGAGGGUUACAAACAAUAAUCAGUAUACAAGUACAGCCAACAGAAGACCUACUAACUACUACUCUACACCUUAAUACAGAUUCUCCUAAGAGUACUAAAAUCCAGAAAAUUAAACAGGG